CUUACACAGUAAUCGCUUUUCACAUCACUUAAUCCCGAUCUCUUACUCUACACCAUGAACAACCUCAAAAUAAAAACACCCUUUCUGCCUCUUGCAUCCAUUCUUACCUUAACUUUUGCACUACUCUUCUCAGGAACACAUUCCAUUACAAGAGCACCAGAAAAAGAGCUCCAUUUCCAAAAGCACGUGCAAGUAGCCCACUCCACAUGUGAAGGAACACUCUACCCAGACCUAUGCGUCUCAACUCUUGCCACAUUCCCAGAUCUUGCCACAAAAUCUGUCCCACAAGUGAUUUCCUCAGUGGUUAACCAUGCCAUGUACGAGGUAAAAUCAUCAUCCUACAACUGCAGUGACCUCAAAAAGAAGCUCAGAAAUCUCAACCCACUUGACCAGAGAGCUCUCGAUGACUGUCUCAAACUGUUUGAUGACACCAACGUGGAGCUCAAAACCACCAUUGAAGAUCUCUCCAAAAGCACAAUAGGGUCUAAGCGCCACCACGACUUGCAGACUCUGCUAAGUGGCGCAAUGACCAACUUGUACACGUGCCUCGACGGGUUUGCUUACAGCAAAGCCAAAGUGAGAGAAAGAAUCGAGAAGAAGUUGCUUGAGAUAUCACAUCAUGUUAGCAACUCUUUGGCCAUGCUUAAGAAAGUGCCUGGAGUGAAGAAAACAACAUCCAAAUCUGAGGUUUUCCCUGAAUAUGGAAAGAUGAAAAAGGGUUUCCCCUCGUGGGUUUCAUCCAAAGACCGAAAGCUUCUCCAAAGCGCUGUCAAUCAGACCAAGUUCGAUCUUGUCGUUGCCAAAGAUGGCACUGGCAAUUUCACCACUAUAGGAGAAGCACUCGCUGUGGCUCCCAACUCCAGCACAACCAGUGAUGGCAGGUUCGUGAUACACAUAAAGGCUGGGGCAUAUUUCGAGAAUGUGGAAGUGAUCAGGAAGAAGACCAAUCUGAUGUUUGUUGGAGAUGGGAUUGGAAAGACAGUGGUGAAAGCGAGUAGGAAUGUUGUGGACGGGUGGACCACUUUCCAAUCCGCUACAUUUGCUGUGGUAGGAGAGGGAUUCAUAGCAAAAGGUAUAACGUUUGAGAACUCAGCAGGGCCGGAGAAGCACCAAGCAGUGGCACUGAGGAGUGGUUCUGACUUUUCAGCUUUCUACCAAUGCAGCUUUGUUGGGUAUCAAGACACUCUCUACGUCCAUUCCCUUCGCCAAUUCUAUCGUGAAUGCGACAUCUACGGCACUGUAGACUUCAUUUUUGGCAAUGCAGCCGUUGUCUUCCAAAACUGCAACUUAUACGCACGCAAGCCAAACCAAAAUCAGAAGAACUUGUUCACUGCACAAGGCAGAGAAGACCCUAACCAAAACACUGGCAUAUCCAUUUUGAACUGUAAGAUUGCAGCUGCUGCAGACUUAAUCCCAGUUAAAUCCUCGUUCAAAAGCUAUCUGGGUCGUCCUUGGAAACUCUAUUCAAGAACCGUUUAUCUCAAAUCUUUCAUGGAGGAUCUUAUUGACCCAGCAGGGUGGUUGGAAUGGAAUGGCACGUUUGCAUUGGAUACAUUGUAUUAUGGAGAGUACAUGAAUAAGGGACCAGGUUCAAACACAAGUGCUAGAGUUACGUGGCCAGGUUACAGGGUUAUUAACAGCUCCACUGAGGCAAGCCAGUUCACAGUUGCCCAGUUUAUACAAGGAAAUGAAUGGUUGAACUCUACAGGCAUUCCAUUCUUUCCUAAUUUGAGUUAAGAAAAUAUAAUUAUUGGGUAGAAUGUGAUUCUAAGAUUUCACGUGUCUAUACCCAUGAACUACUCUUGUGAGGAACUAUAUGUUAGUGCUCUAUCUUCAAGUAACUAA